AUGGAUAGACAAGUUCAUUCCAAUGAAAGCUCCAGAUCAUUGGCAAAAUCACACUCAAUGGCAUUGGAUCGCGAUGUUUUAGAUAUCUACGAUGCUGAUGAUGCUGAUGAUGCCUUUAUCAUGGAUGCAAAAUAUGAAGCUACUUCAGGUGCUGAAGUUGCUGACAAGCAACAACAUCUAACUGAAGAUCAGCGCAAACUUUUGGCUCAAGCGUUGAAGAAUACAGACAAGAUUUUUGAUGGUCAACUCGGCCAUUACAAGCAUGAGAAGGUUCCCUUGGAGCUCAUUGAGAAUGCGCAACCCGUGUUUUCAAAAGCGUAUUCUGUACCGAAGCAACAUGAACCUGCAUUUCUCAAAGAACUGAAACAUCUACAAGAAAUAGGAGUUCUUGAACGAACAGGCCCGUCGGAAUGGGCAUCGCCAACAUUCAUCAUUCCAAAGAAGGACGGUAGGGUGCGAUGGAUCAGCGAUCUCAGACAGCUGAACAAGAAUAUCAAGCGUAAAGUAUACCCCUUACCUUUGAUUGAUGAUAUUGUUGCGCGUCGUUCUGGCUACAAGUACUUCACAAAACUUGAUCUCACAAUGAUGUAUUAUUCUUUUGAAUUGGAUGAGCCGAGCAAAAAACUUUGCACGAUCAACACCCAGUACGGUCUGUACCAAUACAACCGCAUGGCUAUGGGAUUGAAACCGGCUCCUGACUUUGCCCAGUACUACAUCGAACAAACUCUACGCGACCUAAAACAAAAAGGUGUCGAAAUUUAUAUUGACGAUGUUGGCCUGUUCUCCAAUUCCUACGAAGAACAUAUGGCCUUGAUCCAAGAAGUAUUGCAGCGACUACAAGCUGCUGGUUUCAAAAUCAAUCCCUUGAAGUGCGAGUGGUGUGUCCAAGAAACUGAUUUCUUGGGCCAUUGGUUGACUCCUGAAGGCGUCAAACCGUGGAAGAAAGAGAUUGAUGCCAUCCUCAAGAUGUCAGCACCUACAAAUGUAACAGAAUUGCGUGCAUUUCUUUGUGCUGUUACCUUUUACCGCCACAUGUGGCCGCGUCGAUCUCAUCUUCUCAAACCCCUUACAGAGCUCACAGGCAAAGGAAUGUUUGAAUGGACUGAUCAAUGUGCAAAAGCUUUCGCUGAGAUGAAAGCUCUCAUGGCUAGCGAUAUAAUGAUGCGCUACCCCAAUCCAAACAAACCCUUUGAAAUCUAUACUGAUGCGUCUGACUACCAGAUGGGCGCUGACAUCAUGCAGGAAGGUAAACCCGUCGCCUACUGGAGUCGUAAGCUCAAUGCUGCACAACGCAAUUACUCAGUAAUGGAAAAAGAAAUGUUGGCUGUUGUACAUUGUUUGAAAGAAUUUUGA